CAGGUUGUAAUCAGAAACAAUUUUGCUAUCGCUUAUGCUAACUUACGAGCGACGUGAUACUACUACUACUGCUACAGCUAAGUUGAUAGUACCAGUGGCUAUUAUUUUCCUUUGAUUAUUUUGUGUUUAAUUCACACCGUGCCUAUUACUAUGCCAGAAUAUUUGAGUGUUUCAUCACCAGCGAGAGAAGUAUCGUCAGCACCGCAUUCACGAUCCUGUUCUUUCAAAAAGAGACCAAAUAAUCUGGAAGUUCUUUCGUCACCGCGACCCAGAACCAACAGCAUGCCGAAUUGUCAAUCACACCAUCUUGCAGUGCCACACAUGGAUUACAAUGAAUAUUCCAGCAUCGACGAAAGAAUAUGUCGCAUCCGAUCUUUCAGAACUACAGCAAAGGGCGUAGAAAACAACGGGGACUCUUUUAAAAGACAUAGUACGAACAGUCUAAUGUCGUCUGGAAGCACUGUAACAGACUAUGAAAAACAACGAUCAUCUAGUAUAACCUCCGAGGACAGUCAAACAAAUAGUGGGGUGUCCUGGGUGCCUUCAUAUUUCCGUGUGGCGUUAAUUGGUAGCAAUGGUGUAGGAAAAUCUGCUAUCUCAAGACAGUUUUUAACAUCAGAAUAUGUGGGAUAUGACGUAACAACACCCGAGAAUGAAGAACAAGAUACCACAGUAUCAGUGUUAUUGGAUGGAGAGGAAUCUAUUAUGGAAUUUACUGAGGAUCCACAGGUUACAGAUUUAGAAAACUUGCACGUCGAUGCCUUCAUCGUAGCCUUCUCCAUCACGGAUUAUUCCUCUUUUGUGGCGGCCACUAGCUUAAUCCAACAUCUUCGUGUUACUAUGGGAACAGACAGGACUAUCUUGCUAGUUGCAAACAAGAUUGAUUUGGUUCGACAACGAAAAGUAACAGCAAAAGGAGCUCGAGAUUUUGCUAUCAAAUACGAUUGUGAUUACAGAGAAACAUCGGCAGUGUUAAAUCAUCAUGUAGACGAUCUGUUGGUUGCCAGCCUAAAACAGAUUCGCAUUAAACUCAGCCCACCAUCAGAAGAAAAGAAAAAUAGCCGCCGCCAUUCCAUCAAAUCUUGCUCAGAUAAGCUCACAUCUCCAAGAAAAGCCCUUGCUCUCUUCACCAAAUUUCUCAAUCUACACACUCAUAAAUCCAGAUCCUGCAAUAACUUAUUGGCGUUUUAAAUCAAGAAACUACUUUUCAAGAAUAACAGAGCUAUGCAGUCCAGACAAUCUACAAUUCGCAAUGCAACUCGAGAUGAAUACUUUACUGAUAGUUCUACCACUCCGUCCUUGCAGAAGCCAUAUUCAUGACGUCAUUCUCAGACAUUGCAUGACGUAGUAACAUCAUUCAUGUUAUGGUUUAAUCUGUGACCGAAGAUGAAACAUUAUCCAUCCACCAUCGUUCUAAUCCAUCAUGGCGUCUAACUAUUUGAUCGAUAUUUCUUCAAGAUGUUGGUUCCGCGUAGAUUGAAAUCGUGACUUUUUAUUCAUUGUGCUAUAUGGAAGACUUCUGCUGCUUAUUCCCCAAAAACAAUGACAUUGGGUGUGCUACUUUAAGCCUGACAUUCCUGUGAUUUUAACAUUUUGUAUUUUUCGAAACAUUCUUACAAUAGAUUUUCGUAACAUUCUGUUUGAAUAUACGUUUCGUGUUUUUUCGAAUUUCGGAGAGUGAUUUUUAUAUGUGUUCUCGCGCAAGAAAAAAUGUUCCUAGAAUCAAGUCUGAGUUUAAUAACCGACUAACACAAUUUCUGACUUAAUGGACCUUUGUCCACGACUUACUAAAAUUAUAAUUCUUGGGUCAGAGACCCCUACAAGGAUAAGCAAUAUCAUGAGUAUUGUUCACUAGAAUUGAGUCUUGUAUUUUCGUAAUAAUGUCCUCAGUGGUGUAGACAAAUAAGUAAUAUAGGAUUUUAUAAUUUUUAUUCUAUAAUAAGAAAAUGUAGUCGGCCAGCUUCAAUUAUUAAAUGGUAUUACUUUUAUUUGGAAUCAGAUUAUUUCAAUAAGUAUGUUAUUUAUUACCUACAUGUAGUAUUAAUAAGAUUUUGAAAAUACUUAUUAAAGUUGUUAAUUACAAAUAAGUAUUGUUAUGUAUGUAUCAAUAUAUUUUUAUUCAUAAGGUAUGACUGACUGGUGAUUAAAUUGUAUUAUGAAUGUUUUAUAAACUUUUUUAAACAUAGUAUUUAUAUGUAAUGGCUUGUACAACAAAUGGCUUAUUUUGGAGAAAAAUAAUAAGAUAUAAAAUGUCUUCCUCGAACUUGAUAAAAAAUGUAAAAAAACAAAAAAAAAAAU